AAACUGGAGUUAGCAGCAGAAACUACUCGUAUUAGACAAUUAAUAGAAGACCAAGAAAGAAAAAUAAAAAUUUGGAAAGAUAAUUAUAAUCAAUUAUUAGAUGAAAUAAAAAAUAAACAAGAUAUCAUGUUAAAAGAAUCUCUGAAUGAUAUUUUAAAUAAUAAUUUAAAACAAUUUUUGAUAACUGAAAUAAUAGAAAAAAACAAAAAUAUAGAAACUCGUGUAGGAUUUAAUGAGUUCAAAUCUAAAAAAACAUUUUCAUAUAUUAAAAAUGAAUAUAUAAAAGUU